AGUAGUUUGCCUCUCAAAAUGGCGGACGAACCAACACGGGAGUGGAGCGACGAGCAGCUCAAAAGUGAUGACUUGCCCAAAAAAGACGUGAUAAAGUUCAUCCAGGACAAUGCAGCACACUCGUUCCUCAAUGAGCACAAGCUGCUGGGAAACAUUAAAAAUGUGGCCAAAACAGCAAAGAAAGAGCAACUGCUUAAUGCCUACAACCAGCUCUUUGAGAGCAAAAGGUUUAAAGGUACAGAACCAGUUGAGGAAGUGACCGAGCAGGUUAGAACUGUGAAGAUUGAAGAAAAGCCCAAAGACGUCGAGGUUGUGGAUGAGGGUCCGCCCAAGUACAGAAAGUCAGUUUUGAAGAAGGGGGACAAGAGCAACUUUCCAAAGAAAGGCGAAAACGUGAGCUGCUGGUACACCGGAUCCCUGGAGGACGGAACCGUCUUCGACACCAAUAUUCCCACAACGGCAAGAAAGAAGAAGCAAAGCAAACCACUGACCUUCAAAGUUGGCCUGGGCAGAGUCAUCAGAGGAUGGGAUGAGGCCAUUCUGACGAUGAGCAAGGGUGAAACAGCCCGAGUGGAGAUUGAACCAGAGUGGGCCUACGGAAGGAAGGGUCUCCCUGACUCAAAAAUUCCACCCAACGCAAAGCUGAUCUUUGAAGUCGAGCUGGUGGCCGUGGAUUAACCGCCUCCUGCUGGCCAGCAUGCACCGCAGUUUGAGAUAGGAGGAAGAAAAUAUUGAAUUGCCUUGCUGUAAAGAUUGACGUUCCAAAUGUAUGGCAUUGUUUUUUUUUAAUUGCACCGUUAUGUUCCUUCUUUGUCUCAUUCGUCACCGGGUUACAAGAAACGGGCAGUUAUUACAGCGUUCUAAGUUUUGGCCAGAAUGUGAUGGCUUGUCAAUAAUGUACAUAUGAGACACCCUGAAACCUUAUUCCCUGCAUUUUCUUUUGGAUCUACAGUGUAAAUGAUUAAUAAACCUGUUUCAGAGACUAAA